AUGGCUAAAUCUGUUCCGGAACCUAAGUUUAGUCUGAAACUUCUCAUUGAUGAGGAGAAAAACAGAGUUGUGUUAGCUGAAGCUGGGAAAGAUUUUGUUGAUGUACUGUGUAGUCUUCUUACACUUCCUAUGGGUACCAUUGUUAGGUUACUGGAAAAACAUCAAACCCUUCAAUCUCCUAUUGUUGGCUGUUUUCACAACCUUUACAAAAGUGUUUCAGACAUGAGCGUUGAUCACUUUGAGGCACAGGCUUGUAAGAAUCUGUUGUUGUAUCCACGUUGUAUCAAGGAAAGUCAUUGCCGAAAGCUAAAGCUGAACAUAGAUGAUACAAAAGCAACCAGGUUCUAUAUCUGCCCGGGUUUUAUGUCCAAUCCGUCCUGCUGCAAGGUAUACAGCGAUGGUAGUAUCUCUAUCCCGUGGUGUAGUUGUGGAAUAUCGAUGAGCCACGAGUUUCACGUUCCUGAAGAAGAGCAGGCUGAUUCAGUGUUCCCUACUUGCAUAACGUCAUUUAUCAUCACUGAUGAUCUCAAAGUGUCAUUGAAUUCGAUGGGUCUUGUCCUGAAUCUUCUCAACGAUCUUGGCUACUCUGGUUUUGAUAAGCUGCAAGAAAUGAUAGUUGAUGUUGGUUCUGAUGAGAUUCUUACUUUACUAGGUUGUUUAUUCACUUCGAAACUGCCUUUGACAGAGACAUUCCUGAAGCAACAUUGA